AUGGGACUGCGCUCAACCAAAGGCAUGUCUGGUGACGGCGACGGCAAUGGUAGCAGCGGCAGCAGCACGUGGCGCGAGUUGGGCAAGGUGCCGUGGCUGCGGGACUACGCGGCGGGUCUGAAGAAGGCGCACGAGGAGAACAAGCCCGUGCUGCUGCUGUUCCAGGAGGUGCCUGGGUGCUCCACAUGCGUUGGGUACGGGCAGAUGGUGCUGUCGAACCACGCCAUCGUGGAUGCAGCGAGCACGCUGUUUGUGCCUGUGGCCAUCUUCAACAACAAGGGAGGCGCGGAUGCAGAGGUGCUGCGCAAGUACCGCGAGCCGUCGUGGAACAACCCUGUGGUGCGCUUCAUCGACGCCGAUGAGCAGCAGCUUGCGCCCCGCCUCAACGGCGACUACUCCGUCAGCGGCCUUGCCCGCAGCAUGUGCAAGGCUCUCGCUGCGGCCGGCAAGACCGCGCCAGCCGCGCUCACCGCCCUUUCCAACUGUUACGACCGUUGA